AUGAAGCUAAAGUCAAUCAUUGUUUUGUUGGUUCAUGUCCUUCAAGGUUGCAUUGUUGAUGGGCAAACCCUUUGCAAAAGGUCUUCAACUUCAGAAUGGAAAAUGCAGCCAACAGUGCAUGUAGUGAAGUGGUCCCUGACCCAAAACAUAUGUUCCAACUUCUACAAAGAGUGCUGGAAUAUUGAUGCAGAUCAUGAAAUGAAUGCCACAGAAAACUCAGCUUUGAGUAAUCCUCAGCUUUGCCCUCUACAGCUUCAAGUGGGAGACAUGCUCUUUGUUUCUUCUGAACCAUCUUUCCAGUCACAUGGUAUGAACUUGGCAAAUGUUUCCUCAGAGGAAUUUAAUAGGUGCCCUCAACAAACAGAUAUUCCUCAAAUGCAGUUUAUUUUUGGUUGCAGACUAAGUGGGAUGCAUCAGAUUGACCCUCAAUGGCUUGGAAUUGGAACACAUUACUUCGCGGAACCAUUUUUAUGUAAUUUAGGGCUGAGGCUGAAUGUAACAGUAAAACCACAUCUCUGCCAGCAGUCUCCAAGUGCACCUUUUUGCUCUGGACAGGGGAAGUGUCUAAGUCAUGUCUGGGAAGAAGUAUACUGGUGCCACUGCGACGAGCUGUAUUCAGGACAAUUCUGCCAAGAAUUUGAUGUGUGCUCCAAUAAACCUUGCCUCAACAAUGGCUCCUGCAUUAGCAAAGUAAAGAAAGGACAGCGUGAUGCAGAGUCCUAUGAAUGCAUAUGCCCUCCAUCUUUAACAGGAAAGAACUGUUCAGAAAUAAUUGGACAGUGCCAGCCGCAUAGUUGCCACAAUGGCAACUGCCGCAGUGUUUCUCCAAAUACUUAUAAAUGCCAGUGCAAUGAAGAUUCUGCAGGUAAGAAAUAUAUUUAUUGUAAGAUUACAUUGAAUACUAAUUUGUAUUUUGCAGUAGACAUAAAUAAAGAGUUUCUGAAUUUUUAUAUAAAAAUUAUACAGAUUUACAAAACUCUCUUCAGAAAACAUAAUUAUAUUUUUAACUUCGAUAGUUUUAUCACAGCAGGCAGGAAAUUGUUAGAGGAAAAUAUUUCUAGUGAAAAGGUGGAAGAGAUGAUUAAGGGACUGAAAUCUGAGAAAGCUCUGGGCUUAGACGGGGUUACUUCAGUGUAUUAUAAGAGCUAUGAAGAUUUACUUCUUCCACACUAA